CCAUCCUCGCUCAGCAUGACUGACUACGAAGCUGCGGCGGAGCAGCCUCGGUGGCGCAGGCGGGAGCGGCGAGAGGAGUGCUGAAGACAGCGGCCGAGCCGGAGUGGACGCCGGGUCCGGACCAGCCCGUAGCUCCAAGGCUGCUAAAUUGGAUACCGCAGUGCAAUCCUCGGGAUCCCAAUGGGGGACUCAGGAUCAAGACGAUGUACCCUGGUCUCCCGGUUGCCAAUAUUCAGGAAAAGUAUUAGCAGAAGACAUGAUUCUCUCCCUUCUUCCCCCUCUUCCAGUAACACAGUUGGUGUGCACAGCUCCUCCCCUUCCAGCACCAACUCCAGCUCAGGGAGCACCGGGAAACGCAGGAGCAUCUUCCGUGCUCCCUCUAUCAGCUUCCACCACAAGAAGGGGAGCGAACCUAAGCCAGAACCCACUGACCAGAACCUUAGUAUUUCCAAUGGUGCUCAACCUAGUCACAGCAAUAUGCUAAGUUUGGAGGAACAAGUCAAAACCAGGGGAAGACAUUCUGUGGGUUUUAGUAGUUCACGAAGUAAGAAGAUAACAAGAUCUUUGACGGAAGAUUUUGAAAGGGAAAAGGAGCCUUCAACUAAUAAGAAUGUCUUUAUCAAUUGUCUCAGUUCUGGCAGAAGUGAAGGGGACGAUUCUGGAUUCACAGAAGAACAAAGUCGCCGUUCUAUUAAACAGUCAACAAAGAAGCUACUACCCAAAUCCUUUUCAUCUCACUAUAAGUUUUCUAAGUCGGUUCCGGUUCCUCAGAGCCAAUCCACAUCAUUGGUGCAGCAGCCUGAAUUCUCGCUGGCAAUUGCACAAUACCAAGAGCAGGAGCCCGCUUUAGGACGACCUUCCCCACCUUGCUCUGUGGAUGUAACAGAGCGCGCAGGAAGUUCCUUACAGUCGCCUCUGCUUUCUGCUGACCUGACCACAGCUCAGACCCCUUCAGAAUUUUUGGCCUUGACUGAAGAUUCUUUGUCUGAGGCAGAUGCCUUUCCUAAAAGUGGAAGCACGGCAUCACACUGCUGCGACAACUUUGGCCACAAUGAUGCUACCUCUCAGCCCACUCCCAGUCUUACGGCUGUCACAAAGACAAAAAUGGAAUCUGUGGGGACUGCGUCCUGUACGAUGAUGUCUCCGGGGAGGUACAGGCUAGAAGGUCGGUGUAGCACCGAGCUGCAGUCUUCACCAGAGACCCCUGCUGCUAAUCAGAGGGAAGCUUUACAAAGCACUGAGCCCUCUGUUAGGAAUGCUAGUGACCCAGAAACCCACUUACCAGCUCAUCAUCAAAGAGUAGAGAACCCGUUGGCACAUGCUGGUGAGCUAAUGCUGAGAACCAGCUCCCCCAGGACACUGGGCUCCUAUGACCAGCACAAGACACUGGCUGAACACUUUAAAGGGAUCCACCCUGUUUCGGAUUCAAGGGUUAUCCCUUCCUCUGGGGAUCAUCAUGUUUUUAACAAAACAUCUUAUGGAUAUGAAGCGAGUGCUGCCAAAGUUCUUGCUAGUAGCCUCAGCCCGUAUCGAGAAGGAAGAUAUAUAGAGCGGCGGCUGCGGUCCUCGUCUGAAGGGACAGCUGGGAGUGGCAGAAUGGUCUUGAAGCCGAAGGAUGGGCAUGUGGACGCCAGCAGCUUGAGAAAACACAGAACAGGGUCCUCCUCUUCCAAAAUGAACAGUCUGGAUGUCCUAAAUCAUUUGGGGUCCUGCGAACUGGAUGAAGAUGAUCUAAUGCUUGAUUUAGAAUUUUUAGAGGAGCAGAAUCUUCAACCACCAGUUUGCCGAGAAGAUUCCUGUCACUCUGUAAUGUCCUGUGCAGCUGUCCUUCUUAGCCCAGUGGACCCAGCAAAAGAAAUGAAUAUGAAUAUGCUAGAAGAACCAAAAUGUCCCGAGCCUUCCAAACAGAGCCUUUCUCUGAAAAUAACAAAAGACACUGAUCAAGAGGCCCGGUGUUCCCAUGUCAGCCGCAUGCCCAACAGUCCCUCCACAGAUUGGCCCCUGCAGGGCGUGGAGGAAAAUGGAGGCAUAGAUUCUCUGCCAUUCAGACUGAUGCUCCAGGAGUGCACAGCAGUGAAGACACUGCUACUGAAGAUGAAGAGAGUGCUGCAAGAGAGUGAUGUGAGCCCUUCCAGUAGUACCACCUCACUUCCCAUCAGUCCUCUCACCGAAGAGCCACUGCCCUUCAAGGAUGUAAUGAAAGACGAGUGCUCCAUGCUGAGGCUGCAACUGAAGGACAGGGAUGAGCUCAUUUCUCACCUUCGGGCAGAGCUGGAAAAGGUCCAGCAUUUACAGAAGGCGUUUGCUUCACGAGUAGAUAAAUCCACGCAGACUGAACUUCUAGGAUGUGAUGGUUUAAGCCUGAAAAGACUGGAGGCUGUACAAGGAGGGAGAGAGGGCACAGCUUAUGGAAAUGUUCCUGUACCUUCUCGCAGGCAAUUAUACUACACAUCGAAAUCGAACCAUGAGCCAAAGUCACAGCACAAGGGACAGAAAAGCAAUACAUACUCCCACCGAGGACCGCUUUAGAUACUCUGCAGCCGACCCGACAAGUCCCUACAAGAACAGCUGCCAACUCCCAGGUCUGUGUCUAAGCAAUUUCUUGAAGGACAAAGAAUUAGGAGGAGUUAUGAAACAUACAAGGGGAAGUCACGAAGCUGUCACUUCAGAAAUGACUCAGAACUCGAGGACAAUGAUGGGGCAGAGCUUCCUGAAGCCAGCAGCUAAGCCAGAAGGGCUGUCCAUGUUCUCAGAGAAACCAAAGGACCCAGCAGCUCUGUCCCGACAGCAUUCAACCUUUACAGGCAGAUUUGGACAGCCACCCAGAGGACCUAUCUCCUUACAUACAUACAGCAGAAAGAAUGUUUUUCUCCAGCACAAUUUGCAUACAACAGAAUUCCAGACUCUGGGCCAGCAGGACGGAUAGAAUGAUCUAUGCCCUGUGAACAAUAGAGAUGACUACUGUCCCACAUGCCAUCUAAGAGUGGCCAUGUCCAUUUUACUGCUUUUAUUUUUAUCUGUAAGAAAAUAGUUAGGGACUUUUAUUUUAUUUCUAAAAAAUAACAGGUUGAGUAUGUUGACUUACUAGGUCGAAUUGUUCAGAAGACUUUGCUAUGGAAACAUCCAUGUAUAAUGAGUGGGAUGAUCUAUCUGGCUUAUGUGGUCUUUAAUUUAUUUAUAUUUUUUCUGUAUCAAUUGCUAAUAUGCUUUGAGUUUUCAAGAAAGUACUAUCCAAUAGCUCUCUGUUGAUGCUGUUACUAUUAAGUAGGUUAGAAGAAUGAGUAGAGGAAGGAACUGUACAGAUUUAGAUAACAUAGUGGCUAGGAAGAGCAGAAGAGACAUAAAGCUUAUACUAGGUGGUGUGUUUGUUAGUGGAAUGAAGCUUGUUUGCUUGUAACCUGAGAUACCUGUGUCUCUCUAUUACAUACAUUCAAGCUUGUGGAACUAUUGGGAGGGAAGGACCAUUUCUCUAGCUUUUAGAAUGUUUAGUUACACUGGUUCACAAAGGAUAGAAAGUCACGGCUCUGCUUUUCACACGGUUUAGCUUUUUAGUUUCAUUUUUUGUUUUCCUACUUAUAUAGAAAGUAUGAAAAUGUCACAGAGUAAAGUGACGUCAGCAUAAUUUUGCCAAAUGGCACACUCGUGGUUAUCAUCAUGGUUAAAGAACAUUUUUUCCUUUAAAUUUCAAUGAUUUAAUAUUCUUAAAUAUAUAUUUAUUUGCUACACUUUUUUGUAUUUUCAAAAUAGUCUUUUAUUUUUAUUUACAUCUAGGUUUACUUUACAGUCAUUAAGCCAUGAAGUUUUAAUUAAGAAACAGGAUGACUGGUUUGAUUUGGUUUUUAUAACUUAUAUCUAACAUUCUGGCUACAUGCUCAACUAGAUUGUCAAUAAAAUAUGAAAUAUGUGGACUUUGACAAUUGGAGCUACAAAAUAAAUCUCUAACGAAAAUGCUUCAGUCUCCUUUGGUAGCAAAUAUUAGCCUUUGACAUGUAAGGUCUAAUAUGUUGCAUAUUUAAAUGUAUCAGAGAUAGAUCAAAAAUUCUAAAUAGAAGCACCAUGCUCUUUUAGUAAAAGUAUCAAAUGACCGUUUACUUAGGGAGAGUUCAGGACUAGUAACUACUCACAAUCAGUAUAGUGGAUGAAAUGAAACAAUCGGACCCAGUGCAUGUGCUGUUUCUCAUGCAUUCUCUUACAAACAGAUUCCAGCAGCAUGCCAAAAUGAGAUGAACAAAGGGGAAACAGCAUGGCAGUUUUAGUAUGCCAUUUGACUAAGCCGCUAAUUAUAGAGCUACACUGAACAUGCAUCGCCUAAUAUAAAAAUACAUUUGAACUCUACGUUUUGGGGGAGAAUACUGAGCUGCCCCUCCCAGCUUUAAUUAUUGAAGGUUGGCUGUGCUCGUACUUUUUUUAUUUUGCUAGUGAUGCAUGUAUAUCACACGAGCGCUUUUAUGUUUCAUGUGUGCAUGUGUGUGUCUGUGUGUGUGUGCGUGUGCGCUUGUGUGCACGUGUGUGUGUCUGUGUGUGUGUGUGUGUGUGUGUGUGUGUGUGUGUGUGUGUGUGUGUUUAUAAUUCUGCUGAACAGAAAAAGGCACUGCAGGUUGCUGCCGAACAUUCCCAACAUCCUCUAGAAGCUGCAAAAGUCAGGCUGAUGUGCUUUAUGAGCUGGACAAUAUUUGUAAAAUUAUGAGAACAAAGAUUAGUUGUAGAAUUCAGCUUGAUUUGUAUUGAAAGUUGGUUUCUAUUGUUAGAAUAAUUUAAAAGUGUAAAUACCCCAGCAUGAUAAACAAAACAAAGUUUUUUUUCCUCCAGGAUACGGAAAAAUAUGCAAGGAAAUAAGUAAUGUUUUUCAUUUGCAUUUUGACGUUUAUAGUUAUGUUUUCUUGGAAGAUAGCUUUUGAAUUAUACUUUGUAAGAAAUAAUCUAUUUAAAAUAUCCUGUCAUUUAAUAGACAUUUUAAGAGAUGUUUUAAACGCUAGUAUUUUCUUGACAAACCUUUUUUAAACUGAAACACUCAAAAGGAAACCCUGAGAUAACCUGCUCAAUUUUGAAAGGAAGGGUAUUUUUGGAACAAUCACCUUGAGACUGCUCUGUAUCAGUAUUUUCAUCCGUGUUCUAGUUUCAAUGUAAUACCCAGUGUGACUCAGGCCUGGAGAAGGUGCAAGCCCAUAAUGUUAGUGCAGGCCAGGAACAAUGGCAUGGUUUCUUUCAGCAGAUCCUCUGUGUGGCUCUCCUAAGUCCUAACAACCUCGUGUGGGCACUCUUUCAGCGAAUUGAUUUCUUUGUACUAAAAUCUCUAGUUUUCUAAGCCUGUUCCACAUAUUGAACAGUUUUAUACAUUUCUCCAAGGCGGUACAUAUCCAAAGACAUGAUGCCAGGGAAAAAAAAGUGCUUGUUUUUCUGAUGAAGCAAUGGUCUCCUCCUUUUUCUUCUUUGCAUGUAUUUGUGUAGCUAAGUCUAAAUAUCCAUGUAACACUUCUGCUGCAGACUCUUCCCAACACACGGUGUAGAAGAGUCAUCCCUUGAAGGAGAACUGUGUCUACCUGAAAUAAACUAUUCCCACUUUUGUAACCACUGGAA